UUGUCCCAUUUUAUUCAUAUUGAAAGCACAAGUGAUGUUUCAAUGGCCAACAUAGAUGUAUUACUGAAUGGGCCAAUGGGGGACCGGGACUCAGGGCCCGCGAAACCCUUGUGCCUCACAUUUUUUUGUUAAAAAGACAAAUGACUAUAAAGAAAGAAGAAGUCUCAAUCAGUUAUAAAUGGAUGCAGAAUUACUGACACAACAUAAAACUACUAUAAAGACUCAAAAACAACUGCAAAUACAUGCAAAAUGACAACUGAGACUGUGCUUCAACAGAGCAUCAAUGCAACUGCCAAUGACACGCAAAUAGAUGCAAAAUGAUACACAAAGAUGCAAAUAUAAAGAGACUCAAAUGACAACAAACAAAAACAAGCCAAUGAGUUGUCUGAAGUCACUUUGUCUCUUUGAGAUUGGUCUCCCGAGAAGAGACUUGAACAUAUGACGAAUCAAAUCUCGGAUGAUGCUGGGAUGUCCGCGCUCGUGUUUCCGGUCCGUGAAGGCAGCGUUUUAGAGCCCAGGCUGACGUCAUGUUGUCGGGCAGUGGAGACGAGCGGUUCGGGGAAGUGAAGCCACGACAUCCCGCCCUGAGACCCAGCUCAGCGCCAUAAACACCAAUUUUGCUUGUUUCAGCUCUCUUCCCUCAUACUGGGACAGUGUGGGGUGGUGGGGAAGGCCUAGUCCUCCACCUUGAUCAGGCCAGACGCCCCGCACACCUCUCCUAAUCCGCAGCCAUGGACAAACAAGUCGCCAUGACGACACCAGGCAAGGUCAGCGGACUCAAACCCCCCAGUAAAAUAGUCCGUCCAUCAGGGGUGCCAACAAGGACGUCUCCGUCCUCAGGUACUCCAAAGCCAGUUCCUCCUGAGAAGCCCCCUGGUAGUGUGACCUCCCCAACUCCAGAUGGAAGUGGUGACUUCCAGUUAGGGGAAAGGGUCUGGGUCAAUGGCAACAAGCCCGGCUGUGUGCAAUUUAUCGGGGGCACACAGUUCGCACCCGGGCAGUGGGCGGGCAUCGUGCUGGACGAGCCGAUCGGGAAGAAUGACGGGUCAGUGGCAGGGGUUCGGUACUUCCAGUGUGAGGAUGGGAGGGGGAUAUUCACGCGGCCUUCAAAGCUAUCCAGGACUGCACUGCCAGAGAAGGAGGAAAACGGGGGCCAGCCCAGCCCAGCAGAAGCAGCCUCUGCAACAGUCCAGCCUGCACCUGUUGGCUCUACCUCAUCUGCUCAGGGCACUGGCAUUAGGACAAGUGGCGUGCUAAACCGUAUGCUCACGUCCAGCGAGUCGGUGUCAAAUCUCUCAGAUACAGAAUCCAUGAAGAAGAACAGAAGGGAGCUGAGGCUGGUAGACCGUGUGCUGGUGGGAGGUACAAAGGCAGGAGUAGUGCGGUUCCUUGGAGAGACGGACUUUGCCAAGGGAGACUGGUGUGGAGUCGAACUAGAUGAACCACUUGGCAAGAAUGAUGGAGCUGUAGCAGGGACCAGGUACUUUCAGUGCAUGCCGAGGUUUGGCUUGUUUGCCCCGGUCCACAAGGUGACGCGUAUUGGCUUCCCCUGCACAACACCUACCAAGGCAAAGAGCUCACGGAGGAGGUCCACCCUUCUCAAGAGGAGUCCCAGCGCUUCCUCCAUCAGCUCGCUCAGCUCCGCCACCUCGUCAAUCAGCGGCAAACCCAGCCGAGCGGGACUGCUGACGGAGACAUCUGCUCGGUACGCUCGGAAGAUUUCUGGCACCACAGCCCUGCAGGAGGCGCUGAAGGAGAAGCAGCAGCACAUUGAACAGCUGCUGGCGGAGAGAGACCUUGAGAGAUGUGAAGUUGCAAAGGCGACCAGCCACGCAGGAGAGGUGCAGCAGGAGCUGACUCUUGUGAGGAAAGGGAGGGAUCAGUAUGCCAUCGAGAUGGAGGCAAAGCUGGAUCAACUGCGUUCGCUGGUGGAAGCAGCCGAUCGAGACAAAGUGGAACUGCUCAACCAGCUGGAGGAGGAGAAAAGAAAAGUGGAGGAUCUGCAGUUUCGUGUGGAAGAGGUUUGCAUUACCAAAGGAGACCUGGAGACGCAGACCAGGCUGGAGCAUGCCCACAUAAAGGAGCUUGAGCAGAGCCUGCUCUUUGAAAAGACCAAAGCUGAAAAACUCCAGAGGGAUUUAGAGGACACUAGGGUGGCCACUGUGUCUGAGCGCUCCAGGAUCAUGGAGCUGGAGAGGGAGGUGGCAGAUCUCCAGCUCAGGCUCCGGGCGUCCCAGCAGAAGGAGGAUGCUGUGUCUCUGUCCCAGCAACAGAUUAGCAGCCUCAAGGCCCAGGCACAGUCUCAAGAGAAAAGGAUCAGUGAGCUGAGCGUUGACCUGGAGAGCAAACAGAAGGAGCUUCAGUCUGUGCAGCAGGACAAGAGUUCUCUGGAACAGCAGCUGAGCAGCAUGAGACAAACGCUUGAGAUAGCUGAGGAGGAAAACAGGAGGACAGCAAAGACCAUGCAAGAAUUGGAGCAGAGUGUGGAGCAGUCGAAGAAAGACUAUCAGACCCUGAAAGAGGAGAGCAAGUGUAGAGAGAAAGAGCUGAAGGUCCAGCUGACACAGGCCACUGAGAAGUCAGAGGGGACGGCUCUGUCACUUGAGCAGAUGACUGAUGAGAAUAAGAUGCUGGAGACAGAGCUUGAGGCUUUGAAACAGCAGAACUCCAAAUACCAGGAGGAGCUCAGUCUGUCGAAGGAGCGCAGCAGCUCAGAAAACCAGCGUAUGGGAGUCCUCUGCAAGGAAAUUGAGGAGCUGAAGCUGGCCUCCCAGAAGUCUCUCGACGAGCACAACGACGAUCGCAACAAUCAACAACCGGACAUGAAGACCAGAGAAACCAUCUCUAAUCGGGAACUGGAGGAGGAAGUAAAAUUCCAGAAGUCAACUGGAGCCUUAACCUCAGACAAAGAUCGGGAACUGGAAACUCUGAGGACUGAGAUCGCAGUUCUUCGAGGAGAAAACGCCAUGGCAAAGACCCUGCAGUCGGCCGUUGAGACGUUGGAGCGAGACAAAGCUCAGCUGCAGGGUCGUGUUUGCAGUCUAGAGCAAAGGCUCAUGGGAACGCAGACCUCCGAGGGAGAAGACAGGGAGGCGCCACUAUCGAGCGAUGCGGCUCUCGAGCAGCUGAGAGAAGAGAAGGAGUUCGCUGAGGGACAGAUCAACUUCCUGAACAGUGUGAUCGUGGACCUGCAGCGGAAGAACGAGGAGCUGAAGAUCAAACUGAAGAAGCUCGCUCUGGCUGAGUUCAAUGGCAACGACGGGACUGAUGGUUUUGAUGAAGCCAUAUCAAAGCGGGAAAAGAAGGCGACCCCCCGCCUGUUCUGCGACAUCUGCGACUGCUUUGACCUCCACGACACAGAGGACUGUCCCACUCAGGCCCAGAGCCCCGACUCUGUACCUCACACCACCUACCACGGUAACCCAGCCAACGAAAGGCCCUACUGUGACAUCUGUGAGGCCUUCGGACACACCACAGAGUCCUGCAACGAUGACCAGACCUUCUAGAGCCUCCGACAACUCUCCCUGCAUUUUAAUUCCUUCCCUUUCCUCUUUGGUCUCACUUUUAUGCACAUCUCACCUCUUACUCUCCUGCUACAUUUCCCUCAAUCCAGCCCAACAUGCCUGCAGAUUCUCCCAUAUUGUAUUUUUAUACUGUAUUUAAGCAUAUCACUGGUAGCCACUGUUUUGACCCAAAUCCUUUACCCCGCAGCUCUUUCUCAGAGGAGUAACGGUUCUGUAAUGCAGAAUGUUCGUCCAAAUAUGCUGCUUUGGUGCAAUAUUGAUGUUUAGAACAAAAGGAAUCCGUCCGUCCUCUGCACUUGUUGUUUUUAACGUGUCGUUUUGGAGUCAAGGUUGUUUUCAAAAAUGAGCGUCAGUGUUCACAUUCAAUGUGUUUUGGGCUUUAUUAGUAAAAAUGUGACGCAACCGAGUGAAGCACAGUUAAAACUGAAGGGAAAGUUUUUUGAGACUUGACAUUUCCCAAACUUUACAUUCCUGUCCUCUGUAUCACAUUCCUCAAUCUGUUUGGGUGUAAACCAGUCAGAUACUGAUACAGAGAUACUGCCACAUUUUUUACUGCUUAAUAACAUUUAACAAAGACAUUUUGUCAGUUAAUAGAAACUUACAUCAGAGUGUUAGGGCCACUUCUAAAGGAGACAUACUGCUCAUAUUCAGGUUCAUCAAUUGAAUUGUUGUUAUUGUAGUAUUCAAGUAUUGCUUGAAAAGGUUUACAUGCUCUGUUGUGAUUGGUUAACUGCUUCCAGCUCACACAGGAGAUGUCAGCCUCUGCUCUCGCUGAACCAGCCUUUAUUAAGGGACGUGCCAGAUUUGCUGCUUGGCAUUAAUUAGACCUGCGAUGUCAUGUGACGUCGCGAUGAUGCGGAAGUAUCGGCCGCACUAAUGACGAGGUGAGAGACUUUUUAACUUUGCAGAACUCACACACACAAAAAAACGUGUGUAAUGCAGUCGAGGAAAGAAAAACUGAAACAAAAACAUUUAAAGAAAAGGUGGUUUUAUGAGAAAGAGAAUAUUUUGAGUUUGAGAAACCUUUUAAUAUUUAAGCAAAAUGUUUUAUUUUGAAGAAUGUACAUGGUGUAUUAUGAAACUUAACAACUUUAUGAUUAUUUUUUGUUUACUUUAACUUAAUUAAAACAUUUUGAAAUAUUGUGAUUUUAAUCUAAUGAUAUUACAAUAUUAGAAUAUUUAAAAUUACUACAACAUUACUUUUGAGAUAUUAUGGUAUCACUCUAAUCUUCUCAUAAAAGCACAGCGUAUUAAGACAAUAUCCUUGAUAUAUUUUGACAGUAUUCUCUAUUAUAGCUUUUUUUUUUUACUGUUGUCUCUCUAAAUAUCCCAAUUUCACACAUUUUCAGCUUUUUGCUUUCAAUUUUACAACUUCACUCUCAAAUCGUUUUGACUUGAUUCUCUACAUCACUUUACUUUAUUCUCUAAAUAUUCAAACUUUUUAGUGGCCCUAGUGCUCCGUCUAAGUGUGAACACGUGGUGAACCGUUCCUUCUUGACCUUGGGAAUCCUAGUUUCCAUGGUAACUAGUCCUUUCCCGAGCUUUCAACUCUCUCUUGAAGUUUAUUCCCGAGUUUGCAUGUAAGUGAAACAGUUUGCACCAUGUGUGGAGUGUUAGCGCCACCUAUCGCUGAAGACUGGCUGGUGGAUGUUGAGUUAAAGAGCGACCCAGUUGAUUUUACACAUGAAGGACAGGUUGAUCUUUUUACUUGCUUACUUUUCUUAGAUGGAGUGGCUCACAACGUUCGGUCCAUUUAACUGGCGCCCUGGAGCUUUCACAUAUCCCACACGUCAGUAGAAGAAGUUCCUAUGGUUGUCAUGAAAUUGCAGAGAUCACUUGUAGGACUCUUCUCAGCACUUGUUUGCUUUAAAGUUGAGAUUUGAGAAUUCCAUGACAGCUAGGCAACUCGACUGAAAGCUCCAGAACAACUACUUAUUUGACCUUGUGGUGAGAUUAUUUUUAAUUUUAGUCAGCUUUUGUUGCUAACGUCAGGAGUGAACUUUCUAUUUUAACAUUGUUGUGUAUUUACCUUUCAAUAGGACGGCAUAUACGGUAAUAUUCCUCAGUAAUGUCACAGAAAGUUGCUGAGGAUCUGUUGUAGCUAUUGAUGAUACGUUUUGUUAUUUAUUGUCUAAUCUUUCACUAACCAGUGAUAUUCCUACAGGGAAAUAAGCUAGCACUGAUUGAAAGUGUAUAUAGUCUGUACUAGGACUACUGUAGUGUAGGUGGGUGUCUGCCGCAUGUUACAGGAACUCACCCACAUGAAACUAUAGCAGCAUCGACUCGCUUAGAUUUGCACUUUCCACUUUAAAGAUUCAGCAGAGACAUACGGCGCUUUAAUGUUCCGAUUCUAACGUUAUUGAAAAGUUAUUUUUUCGUAAAAGUCUGUUCAGAUAAUACAGUCCUAUUUCAUACUGCCCCUUUUUUAAAGCUACAGUUUGACAUUUUGGGGAAAUUCUCUUCUUCGCUUUUACAUUAAAGAAUUUUACAAGUUGCAUGAAAAGUUGGACUCCACUUUCAUAUGAUACAUGCAAAGCUAUAACAGGUUAGUUUAGAAACUGGAAACAGGGCAAACAGCUACAGCCUGGACUUGUUCCAUGUAUAGUUUCUGUUUUAAAUAAGCCGCUCCAACCAUAACAUACUUGAACCGGUCUGUCAAGUUGCAUUGUGUUUUUAAAUGACCAUAUUCAGUCCAACAAAGCUCUAGAUCUAACUCAGAUGAGCACUCUUCUUACCAACAGACAAUUUCCCCAUGUGCCAGUUAGCGAAAAGGUGUAUUCCCUUAAAUGUCAAACUAUUCCUUUAAAUGUACCCAGUAUAAAAACAUGCAUUUUGACGUAUCUCGUUCUUAAGCACAAUUUUGGAUCAUAUUGAAUCUUCCAGUGUAACAGUGUAUAACACGUGACUAACCAUUGACACUUGUCUUUGUAAAUACCAGUCAGAAGCUUCCUUCUGAUAAAUGUGUACACAGUGCCAUGGAACAAAAGAUAGCUUUUAUGUGUACGACAUUUUAUUUUUCUGCCCUGUUGAUAAGAUUGACGUUGUACAAGGAGGUUUCCACUCCAGGGGAAAAACCAAGCCCGUUUGUAUAGACUUAAAAAAAACACUAUGUACUUUGUGAUAUGUCUAAUUAUUAGUGUAAUGUUUUAUAUAUGUAACAAUUUCAGGCACCAUCUAUAAAUGGUUUCCAAAUGUUCAGACCAUUUAACUGAUGUUGGCGUGGUGUAAAAUGUCAUGUUUUCUAUGUACUCCUGAACAGUCCAAUAGAAAUACUAAGAACACAACGCCGCUGUGUUGGUGUUUGUUCCCUCCAUCAUGAACUUGGGGUUUUUGUGUAACACUCUACAGACCCAGCCAUUAAAACCCACUCUCUAACAGGACCAUGUAGAUUGGCUGCUCCGCUGCUUAUUGCAAUCUCAUUCCCACAUCCAUUUACUCCUGAGAGGCCCGGGCAGCACAAAGAUCCUCCUCUAUUUUUCAUGAGCUGCAGAGAGUUGUUACUUUUACAUAAGAGUGGCUAAGGAGAGCCUGGGUUUUUGUCAAUGAGUCCAGCAUUAAAGACGACACGAUGUGACAAUCAGGAUUUAAACCAGAGGCUGAGGCGCCAAGACGACG